UUCGCCUGUACGUUGGAUCAACAACAGCGACCUGGUUCUGUUUCGCUCCAAUCUUAAAGGAAAGGAAAUUCUUCGACUAAGACUUAGUUCCUUCCUCUCUGAAGUCCAAUUUUCUUUCUGGCCAGUCACCAUGGGUGCUCCAAUGUGGUCUCUCGACGAGAGAGAUUACUUUGUCAAGGUUAUUCUGCCCUUGUCUAAGUAUGCCGGAGGCACGUACUCGAAGCCAGAGGGUUUAGGCUGGGCUGAGCUGGCUGCUAUUAUGCAAGAGGAGCUGGACCGCAAGGGAGUUAGUCGACGAAAGUAUACAUCCGACAUGCUCUUCCAGCACUAUUACCAGAAGUGCAGCAGUCGAUCUUACAAGAGAGGCGAGGGAGACAAAAUGGUGGUCCCCGAAGCCGUUACCGAUGCCAGUUCUAGCGGCAUGAGCCCUCCACCACUCCCCAAAGCUGGCCGUCGAACUGCAACAAAGAAGCCCUCAAAGAAAAUCACCUAUGUAACAAAGGCUACCCAAACGGAGAUUUCUAUCGAGGCUGGUUCAGAAUCCGAAUGCGCCAUUCAGCGGUAUCCCAAAUUUGCGGGUCCACUUGCAAGCGAACAUGGCUCCCACUUCGAGGUCCAGCCGGUUGCUGCUUUGUCGGGCAAGAGAAAAUAUCAAGCAACUGUCGAAGAUACUUACGAUGACGAUGCUGAGAAAUAUGAGUUCGUUCUGAAGGAAGAGUUUUUGGAGGAGGAUGAGCAACUUCCACGAAAGAAGAAGACUCUGGGAUCCCGCGCAAGUGGCAGUGAGGCCGGAAAUAGAAGUGGAGAGAGCAUAUACAGCAGCAGUAUUGGAGACUUCUCGGAGCUGAUCGGGGUUCGCUCCUCCGAGCCAGAGAGAGCCAGAUCCGCGAAAUUGCAAGAUCCAUGGGCAAAGUCGUCUGAAGCACAAUCUCGAAUCCCCUUUGGCGGCCCUCGUCGUUUCGAUUCUCCCAACUCGGAUACGCGUAGCACGGGCACUUCGACCAUUGCCUACAAGACAUAUACACCAACGCCUUCAUUCAAAGCCCCGUUCUCUGUGUCUGACACAAAUCGCCCUUUGGGAGUCGGCUUUAAUGUGGCUAAGGCUCUCUUGGAAGAACGAUCCCGUCCAGCAUCUCGUGCUUCGGACAGAAGCGAGCCGGUUCAUGAUGGUUUCCGAGCCGUUCCAUCUCCACUGCGUGAACUUUCAAGAGAUUUGAACGAAGAAGAGCCAGGUAUUCGUGGCACUUCCCGAAAGCUCCGUUCUCCUGGAGUUGGACCCUCUCGAUCUGCAUACAGAUACAGCGAAGAUUUCUUCCCUGAGGAUUUCCUCCGCUCCCGGCGUAACAAGUCUUCCGGUUUUGGUGCAUACCGAGAAGAGCCACAGAGCUUUCGGUACCCUCGUUCCCCGCAGCGUGAGUCUUCUCGAUUUGGUGCAUAUAGAGAAGUGUCCGAGGCUCCGACCAUCCCUCGAACUUCUGGAUUCCAUGGAAACAUGGCCCCACGUAUGUUGGCCCCAGGACAGGAGGGUUAUGAUGAUGAUUGGUAUUUUGCCGGUCGACGUACAUCCCGAUUUGGUCCAACUCGUUAUCAAGACUCAAGAGUCAUGGAGGAGGACUUGUAUCAUGAUGAUGAACGCAUCCGCCAAUCAAAAGUUCAAUCAUACCGAUUUUCCCCUUCUGCUGAGCCACGUAGCGGCAACACCGAAUUCCCUAUCACCACCCAGCGCCCUGCUGCCCCCAGUCGUCCUACUACACCCAGUCGUCCUACUACACUCAGUCGUCCUACUACACCUAGUUGUCCCCCACUCUCGGGCUACCGAAUCCGAAAGCGCUCUAAGCUUCAACCUUCAUCCCCCGUCAAGCAAGAUGAGCGCACCCCUCAAGUCUCUGUACCCACUAAGGAGCGAGUUGGAGAGAAUCCUUCUACUCCAAAAGGAUUGGAUGCAGAAUAAAUCGAUUCCCAAUUACCCAGGAGAUGACACGUAGAUCGCGGUGG